CAAAGGCUUGAAGAUUUUAUAUUUUGGAUUUCCUUGGGCAGUGUGGGUGGGAUUAAUUCCUGGUCGGUGAGCUUUUUUUUUUUGGUGAGUUUUCUAAACAAGUGGAUGCUUCUAUGAAGCUUAAGAAGGUAGAAAGGGAGGUGGCAAAGGAGCAUGGUAGGUCUAGGAAGGAGAAGUGUAAAUGGAAAGACAAACAAUAUAGUGAUGACAUGGUAGAAAACUUAUCUACAUUCCUGGAGAGGGAUAUUGGGAACCAAGACUUGAGGUGGGUCGUGGAAAUUCAGGAAUUGGUUAAGAACGUGGAUGGCUCCCUUGCUGUUUGGAUAAGGGCUACGAUGGCGGGUUCAGCAAGAAUGUGUCGCCUACAUCAGAAGGAGAUGAAAUUGGCAAAUGGGUUGAAGGUGAAUCUAUCUCCUAAGGCUACCUUCAACGAACCUGUGUGCUGUUGUGAUGAGAAUACUAGGGAGGUGCAUGUAGUUGAUUCCUAACUACGUGGUGAUGAUGGUUGCAAAAAAUUAAGUGCCCUAAGGAGUAGCUGGGGGAACUGUAUAUUCACCCUCUUUCCACUAUGAUACUUUACGUGGUGACGAUGGUUGCAAAAAAUUAAGUGCCCUAAGGAGUUGCUGGGGGAACUGUCUAUUCACCCUCUUUUCACUAUGAUACUUAGCUUUUUAAUGUCAAUCGUUCUUCUUGCCUAUGGUUGAAAAUCAGUUAUUUGGCAUUUCAUGGCCAAUCUAUCUUUCAAACAAUGGUUCACAAGUAAUGGGGCGGUGGCAGCAUUACGGUAUAUGUUAUGUUUUUGUUUUUGUUUUUUUCGGUUUUUCUG